GGGAAACAAAGAAUACUCCAGACAAGGAAUAACAUCUUAGAAUGCCUGGAGACGAGAGAGAAUAAGGAUUUGAAAGAAAGUCUGGAUAGCUGGAGAAGAAAGAAUAUAGAAGCAAGAAGGAAAUAGAGGUACCAGCAGCUCAGAAGACGGACAGCGUUCCAGCUACCUGAGGGGGCCCAGGGCUGACAGCUGCCCAUGUGUCCCUUCCAGACAGGCUGCUCACCAACAUGAGAGGCCUUCUCCAGUACACCGCCUGCUUCUUUGCCUUUUUCUCUACUGGGUUCUUGGUCGUGGCCACCUGGACAGACUGUUGGAUGGUGAAUGCUGACGAUUCCCUGGAGGUGAGCACAAAAUGCCGAGGCCUCUGGUGGGAGUGUGUCACGAAUGCUUUUGAUGGGAUUCGCACCUGUGAUGAGUACGAUUCUAUACUUGCCGAACACCCCCUGAAGCUGGUGGUAACUCGGGCAUUGAUGAUUACUGCAGAUAUUCUAGCUGGAUUUGGAUUCAUCACCCUGCUUCUUGGUCUCGACUGUGUGAAAUUCCUCCCUGAUGAGCCAUACAUCAAAGUCCGCAUCUGCUUUGUUGCUGGAACCAUGUUACUAAUAGCAGGUGCCCCAGGAAUCAUUGGUUCAGUGUGGUAUGCGGUUGAUGUUUAUGUGGAACGUUCUUCUUUGGUUUUGCACAAUAUAUUUCUUGGCAUCCAAUAUAAAUUUGGUUGGUCUUGUUGGCUUGGAAUGGCUGGGUCUCUGGGUUGCUUUUUGGCUGGUGCCGUCCUGACAUGCUGCUUAUACCUCUUCAAAGAUGUUGGACCUGAGAGGAAUUAUCCAUAUUCCAUGAGGAAAGCCUAUUCAACAGCAGCUGCUUCCAUGGCCAAGUCAUACGCGGCCCCUCGGACAGAGACCGCCAAAAUGUAUGCUGUGGACACGAGGGUGUGAAGUGCCACUAGUCAGUCUGUGUGUAUGUUACUGAAAUCAGCAAUCAAUGCUCAAAUGCUUGGGUUAAUCCAGGAACAUUUAUUUAGACCUCAUGUUUGUUCACCUAAAUUAAUUGCUCAGCUUAAUCAAGAAGUUUGAUUCUGGUAUCACUGCUACUUUUCUGUUAUUGUUAUAUUUCCCCCUCCUUUCUACCCUCCUGUUGCACAUGCCCACACACACUUUUCCUGUAUUUUCAGAUAAGAUUGCUAGGAUAUACCAAUGUUUGUUUGUGAUUUCUAUACUGCCCUUAGAGAUUGUGACAUGGUGAUAUUCAAGUAAAAUGACACUUUAAGACUAGAAAGCAACCUUUGAAAGAGGCCAGAGAUUCGAAUCUUUAAAGGAAUUGACAGUCUCUUAGCUCCUUCGCUGGCUUUUUGAUUCAUUCUUUGUGUUCUCAUUCGAGUGAGUUAUUUGCUAACUUGGAAAAAGAUGAUUCUUCCAAAUUUAAACUGGCAUAUCAAACCCUACCAUUACUCUGACUCUAUUAAAAUAGGAAAAAAAAUAAAAUAACAGUUUUAUAUACCAGCCACUGGUGGAACCUAAAGAUAAGAAGUUUCUUCCCCUCCACACUUGGAAUGUCAAAAGCCACUGCUAAAUUAACACCAGAGCAGUGGUGGCUUUCUUUCUCAUUAACAACAUAAGAGAUCUGUGUAUUAUUUUAUCAUUGCUGUAAACUUGUCUAUAUAUUGCCAAAUUGUUAGACCUCUGCGGCAAUAGCUAAACCAGGAAGUUCAUUCAAUUCAUUUAUUGAUUGGACAUUCAAAAAUGUUUCAAGAAUGCACCAUAUUAGAAUUCAUUGAUUCAGGUGUCCUCACACCACUGUAUCCUCAGCACCCAGCAAAAUAUCUGACAGAUGUUAACGUUUGACGAAUAGUUUUUGAUUGGAAGAAAUAAAGGCUCACAACUCUUUACUGAAAAUAGGAUCAAUUUUUCUCAUAAAAUGUGUACUUUUUAGAAAAAAUAGAACUAUAUGUUUAAUUAUACACUUAAAAAAUCAGUGAAUGAUUGCUAAUGGAGAUUUUAGUCAUAUUCAUAAUGUAAUCAUCUUAAAUUUUUAAAUGAUAGGGUUUUUUAAAAGUUACAUAAUUUAAUCUCGGGUUUUCUGAUUUCUUGUAAAUCACAUGAAUAGCAUAAAUACUCCUGCAGUACCUUAACAGACUAUCCACUGAACUAGAAAUUAGUUCUUUGGAAAAUAGAGAUUUAGUUGUGACUUUCCAAAGACCCCCAAAAGAAGUGUUUUAAAAUUAGAGUUAAAAUCAUGUGAAAAUGAGAUGAGGAAAGCCUAAUAUGUGUAUUUAUUUUGUUGAGAAUGGUGUUCAUGACUUCACAUGGUAUCUGUCUACCAGUAUUCUCAGGAGAAAUUCUAAUCGGAUCUUAGAAUUAAAAGUAAUUGAUUCACUUUUAUUUCAUGGAUAUUACUAACCAUGUAAUUGAUAUUUAAAAAAUUAUUUGUAGAUCAUGUUUACUUGUUAUACUGGUAUCAUUUUAUGUAGCUUAAAACCUCUUUUGUAUUGUUCUUUUUUCACAACCUUGGCUUUUAACAUUUUUAGUUCCACUUUUAUGAUAUGUUGUCUGUUAUAUUUUAUAUAUUCUAAUAAGUCUCUUGAAAUUCUUGGGAAAAGCAGGGUAAAAUUAAUGAAAUAACUCACUAGAUUUUAGAGAUAUAAAUUUUCCUUCCUUUAAGACUUCUUUUGUAUGAGGAAAUAUUUCAGAGGAUUCUGGUGAUAACUGACAUCGUGAAUGUUUUGAAAUUUUUCUCAAUAAAAAUGUUCCGUAUAUCCUGGGAGAUAUGUUAAAUUUUUAAAAAAAUUUCUUUGGGAAUGUUUAUUUCUCAUUCACUAUUAUUUAAUGAAGCCUCCCAAAAUAAAGCAUAACAAAAAAUACAUUUUGUAUAGCAACUAGUGACAACAAAAGGAAUAUUAAAUAGUGAAGAAGUAAUAAUUGGCAUGAUGGCAACUCAACAUGCCCAGAAAGAAGAAUUAAGGUACGCCCAAGGUAUACACACAAGAUUACUAGGUUGAAAUAUUGAAAUAGCUCACUAAAUUCUGGAUGCUAAAAUUUGAUCAUAUCCUGUUACUUGCAACAAGAAAAAAU